AAUAAAAUAUGAAAAACACAAGUCGUCUCUCUUUCUUUCCUCUCCUCAACUUCGCUAAUCGACGGCGAAGAAAAGUAAUUUCAUCAGCUUCUAAGAUUCGCCAUGGCCGUCGAUAGCCGAAUGGAUCUGCUCAGCGAAAGAGCUGUGCUGAUGAGAGAGUCUCUCCAGAAGAGUCAAACCAUCACCGAUAAUGUCGUCUCCAUCCUCGGCUCCUUCGAUAGCCGUCUCUCUGCUCUUGAAUCCGCCAUGCGUCCCACUCAGAUUAGAACGCAUGCGAUAAGGAAAGCUCACGAGAAUAUCGAUAAGACUCUCAAAUCCGCUGAGGUUAUUCUCUCUCAGUUUGAUCUCCUCCGUCAGGCAGAGACUAAAGUACUCAAGGGGCCACAUGAGGACCUGGAGAGUUAUUUGGAGGCAAUAGCUCAACUCAGAAAAGUUAUUCGUUAUUUUAGCAGCAACAAAGGCUUUAAGAACAGUGAUGGAGUCCUCAACCAUGCAAAUAGCUUGCUUGCCAAAGCUCAGUCGAAGCUGGAGGAGGAGUUUAAACAGUUGCUAGCUUCUUACAGCAAAGCUGUGGAGCCUGAUCGCCUUUUUGAUGGCCUUCCUAACUCACUGAGACCAUCCGCUGACGGUGAGGGUAAUGGAAAAGCCCACGGAGGACACCAUAACGAUGACUCAGAAACUGCUGCUUAUACACUUCCAGUCCUCAUUCCAUCAAGGGUAUUGCCACUUUUGCAUGAUUUGGCUCAGCAAAUGGUUCAGGCUGGUCACCAGCAACUGCUGCUACAAAUUUAUAGAGAAACACGUACUUUUGUAUUGGAAGAGAGCUUAAGAAAAUUGGGAGUUGAAAAACUUAGCAAAGAGGAUGUUCAGAGGAUGCAGUGGGAAGUUUUGGAGGCCAAAAUUGGAAAUUGGAUCCAUUUCAUGCGCAUUGCUGUUAAAUUGCUCUUUGCUGGAGAAAGGCAAGUAUGUGACCAGAUAUUCCGAGGCUUCGAUUCUCUUAGUGAUCAGUGUUUUGCAGAAGUUACAGUGAGCAGUGUCUCAAUGCUACUUAGCUUUGGGGAUGCCAUAGCUAGGAGCAAGAGAUCUCCAGAAAAGUUGUUUGUACUCUUAGACAUGUAUGAAAUAAUGCGGGAGCUUCAUUCAGAGAUUGAGACAAUUUUCAAAGGUAAAGCAUGCCUUGAAAUUAGAAACUCUGCUACGGGGUUGACAAAGCGGCUGGCGCAGACUGCUCAGGAAACAUUUGGUGACUUCGAAGAAGCUGUAGAAAAAGAUGCUACAAAGACUGCUGUUCUAGAUGGGACUGUCCACCCACUAACAAGCUAUGUUAUCAAUUAUGUCAAGUUCUUAUUUGACUACCAAGCGACUUUGAAGCAACUUUUCUCGGAAUUUGGAAAUGGAGAUGACUCGAACUCUCAGCUUGCAUCCGUAACAAUGAGGAUAAUGCAGGCGCUUCAAAACAACCUGGAGGGAAAAUCGAAACAGUACAAAGAUCAAGCACUGACACACUUGUUCUUGAUGAACAACAUACAUUACAUGGUUAGAUCUGUGCGCAGGUCAGAAGCCAAGGAUUUGUUAGGCGAUGAUUGGGUUCAAAGGCACAGGCGUGUCGUUCAGCAACAUGCAAACCUAUACAAAAGGACUGCUUGGACAAAGAUAUUACAAACCUCGUCGGCGCAAGGGUUGACCUCAUCCGGAGGAGGAAGUGUAGAGGGAGGAAACAGCAGCGGAGUUUCGAGAGGGUUACUGAAAGAGAGGUUCAAGAUGUUCAAUAUGCAAUUUGAUGAGUUGCAUCAGAGACAAUCACAAUGGACAGUUCCGGACACAGAGCUAAGAGAGUCACUAAGACUUGCUGUUGCUGAAGUAUUAUUGCCUGCUUACAGAUCAUUCCUCAAACGCUUUGGGCCUCUGGUUGAGAGUGGGAAGAAUUCUCAGAGAUACAUAAAGUAUACAGCUGAAGAUCUUGAGAGAUUGUUGGGUGAGUUGUUUGAAGGAAAGUCUAUGAACGAACCACGACGGUAAAAUCAAACUACCAAAGCUCAUUUUGUAAGGUAAAUUUCUGUCAAACUACUUCUCUUCUGUCUCCGUUGUAUAUGGAGUGUCGACAAUUCGUGUUUGUUUGUUUGUAUUUUUCUUAGUGAUGAGUGUGUAAAUUACUUGGAAACGAGUUAUUUCUCUUUUGUAUAACGUUCACGUUUUGAAAUAAGCAUGGCUUACAUAUCUGUCUGUAUUUAGCUUCUUGUAUUUAAUAAAAAAUGUUGUUACCGAACAGUAAACCUCCUUUCAAAUGUCCCAUAAGGCGAAAACUUCUACUCCUAGAAAUUUGGUUUGGGUCAUAUAAAAAAAACAUAAAGACUUAGAAUACUAAUGCAAAGACCCAAAUAUUUUUUUAGCAAUUAAAAAACUACCACACCAUUGUUCUUGAACCGGACAAGACAAUAGAGGUCGAUCAACAUUCAUACUUUUUAGUAAAAUAAUGAGUGGUGAGAUGUGUUUGUUGUUUUAAACACAUGUUUGGUAAUGGCAUAUUUUUUUGUUAAGUUUGGUAAUGGCAUAUUCCUUUUAGAAGAUGCGAAUUCUCCCAACAUCUUUACAUAGACUUUCCCAUUUACAUCAUCUCCUUCCACUUUUUCCCAAUAUAUUAUUCUUUCAAUGUCAUCCUUACACCGAUGACAUUACAUACUUUUAUUCCCCUUUACACCAAUAAUCUAUACAUCUUUUUCCAAUAUUUCAUUUUAUUCUCACUUAAAAUAACUUGUAGAUACGUAUACUUUGAACUCAUAUACAUCUCUACAUAUAAAUGCAUCGUUCAUAAAGUUUUAAUGUCGGUCUACUAAUAUAUAAACUACGUUAGUUAGAUUUGUAUUCGUUUUCAUAUACAGUUUAGGACAAACAAUAUAUAACUAUUAUCAACAGACAUGUGGUACAGUGGUUACACUGAGCUGAUUAAUUAUUGAAGAAAAAAAGCAUUUUAAAGAAAAAGUGGAAAGAACACUAUGGCUUAUGUAAUGGGUGCUUUCAAUUUCUCUUUUAAUGUGUCUCCAAGACCAAAGACAAAGAGAGAAGCCAUAAAACCCUAGCAGCAUCCAUUGUUGAAACUCUCUUUGGCACAACACAAAACACACAAACUAUGGCCAUCCCCUAAAGAAAUGAAGAAGAAUCCUCUGACUCAAUCAGAAGAUCUAACCAUAAAGGGUUUUGAGAGGUUCAGAUUUUCUUUAAUGGAUGGCCAAAAACACAAGAGUACUCACACAAAAGAUUGCAUGAAGGUUGAUGAAGACAAGCUUGGUUUGUCUUUUGUUAUCUCUCGUAUGGGCAACUUCGAUCCUUUGGCAAGCUUCGGUUCCCCUCGGAAUCAGCAGAUUAUUACUAUCUUACUCUAUUAAUUGUCUUUGUGCUUCGUUAAGUUUGUUUCCAGUUUGGUUUUGUUUAGUGUCUUUAAUUACGCUGUGUGCUGUGUUUGAAUGUGUGUGUGCUAUUGUAAUCCCUUGUGAUGCACCACUCAGGUGUGUUCCAAUAUGGGUGAGGAAUAAAAGAAUAUUCGGUUUGUUA